CACAACGCACAAUUUCUUCAUUUUCUCCUCUUUUGACUUUACGACCGCACAACAUGUUCGCAAAACUCAGCCUCCUUGCUUUCGUCGCUCCAUUGGUUUCCGCCCUCACGGUUUCUAAUCCGACCAACCCCACCUCAGGCGGUCAAAUGACUAUCAGCUGGACCACAGCUGCAGGCGAUCCUGAUUCCUUCUCCAUUGAACUGAUCAACACAUCGUUCAAUAAUGCCUUUGCUAUUGCCAACAACGUCGAUCCGAGCACAGGAUCUAUCACUCUCACCCUUCCUGUUGUUCCCGUAGGCGCCGGGUAUACCAUUGAGUUUGUAGAUAUUGGCGACAUCAACAAGGUCUACACUACUUCUGGAUCCUUCUCCAUUGGAGCAAACAGUGCUUCGUCGACGUCCGCCUCAACCGCAGCAUCAUCAAGCGGCACGUCCAAAGCCAGCACAGCCACCACAUCCUCAGGCUCCUCGUCCGCCCAUUCUACCUCCACCUCUGGCAGCGUUUCUAGCACCAGCACCAGCAUCUCCUCUACCUCAGCCGGCUCCUCUUCCGCUCCUGCCGCAACUCAGUUCUCUGCUGCUUCAAGACUCUUUAGCUACAACUCCGCCGCUGUCGUCCUCUCCAUGAUCGCAGGUGCCGUUGGCGUCACCCUUUGAACGGCUUGAAGAAGAUAUCCUCUCGUUCAUGCUUGCAGCGUCGUUUUUAAUCAUUGGAUCCUAGAACAUUAUCAUUGCAUUGGACUCCUUUUUUUUUUACCAACCCCCUUUUCUUUUUAGAUAUUGUAGUUUGCGACAACCCUCUCACAGGAAUUAUAUCCGCCCAAUCCCCCUCGAACAUUCUUCCACUUUCCAAUAGUUUACAGCAAACGCCUUUCUGACCCGCGCUUUGCUUGUCCAAUCCUUAUCCAUCGUUGUUGUAUAUUUCCCCCUUACACCUACAUAACGCUGCCGCCUCGUAGAUUUACAGUGCCUGUACUUCUACACGCGGAUUUCUUGAAAAUAAUCCUAUGUUACUGCUA